AGAAAAAAAAAAUAAAAAAUUAAGACUUUAUUCAGAUUCGACUUGUGCUUCUCUUGCAACGUUUCAAUUUCGUGUACCUUCGAUCUAAAAGUUCCAAUUUUGAAAAUAGGGUUUUUCUGGGUUUUUCCGAUUUAAGCUACUCUACUCUCGCUCUAUCUAGGGUUUUUUGGAAAUUGGGGGAAGAAGAUGCAUAUAAAAGAGAUAUGCUUAGAGGGUUUCAAAUCGUAUGCGACGAGAACGGUUGUUUCUGGUUUCGAUCAACAUUUUAAUGCGAUAACGGGUCUGAAUGGGUCGGGAAAAUCCAAUAUCCUCGAUUCAAUCUGUUUCGUUCUGGGUAUCACUAAUCUCCAGCAGGUUCGAGCUGCUAAUUUGCAGGAGCUCGUCUAUAAGCAAGGACAAGCUGGGAUUACCAAAGCAACUGUCUCCGUUACAUUUGACAAUUCCGAGAGACACAGGAGUCCUCUAGGCUAUGAGGAGCACCCGGAGAUUACUGUCACUAGACAAAUUGUAGUUGGUGGUAGGAACAAGUAUUUGAUAAAUGGGAAGCUAGCACAACCAAGUCAAGUUCAGAAUCUUUUCCACUCGGUGCAGCUUAAUGUCAACAACCCACAUUUUCUCAUUAUGCAAGGGCGUAUCACCAAAGUUCUAAACAUGAAACCUCCCGAGAUUUUAUCCAUGCUUGAAGAAGCUGCUGGAACAAGAAUGUAUGAAAACAAGAAAGAAGCUGCAUUGAAAACACUUGAGAAGAAGCAAACCAAGGUUGAUGAGAUUAAUAAGCUCCUUGAUCAUGAAAUUUUGCCGGCUCUGGAGAAGUUGAGGAAAGAGAAAUCACAGUACAUGCAGUGGGCUAAUGGUAACGCCGAGCUGGAUCGACUGAGGAGAUUCUGUAUUGCCUUUGAAUAUGUUCAAGCAGAGAAGAUUAGAGAUAAUGCUGUUCUUGGAGUUGGAGAAAUGAAGAAGAAACUUACGAAGAUCGACGAGGAUACAGAAAAGACGCAGGGAGAUAUACAGGAAAUUGAGAAACAGAUAAAAACUCUGACUCGGGAAAAGGAAGCCAGCAUGGGGGGAGAAGUUAAAACUCUGUCUGAAAAAGUGGAUUCACUGUCUCAAGAAAUGACACGUGAGUCAUCUAAGCUUAAUAACAAGGAGGACACCCUUUUGGGAGAAAAAGAGAAUGCUGAAAAGAUUGUUCACAAUAUUGAAGAUUUAAAGAAUUCCGUAAAAGAGAGAGCUGCUGCUGUGAAGAAGUCUGAGGAAGGAGCGGCAGAUCUAAAACAAAAAUUCCAAGAACUCUCCACCACAUUGGAAGAGCGUGAAAAGGAACACCAGGGCGUAGUAGCUGGUAAGAGUAGUGGAGAUGAAGAGAAAUGCUUAGAAGAUCAACUACGGGAUGCAAAGAUUGCUGUUGGAACAGCUGGAACAGAGUUGAAACAGCUGAAAACCAAAAUAGAACACUGUUCAAAGGAGCUAAAUGAGAGAAAAUCUCAGUUAACGUCAAAACGUGAAGAAGCCGUUGAAGUGGAGAAUGAACUUGGAGCCAGGAAAAAUGAUGUGGAACGUGUAAAAAAGACACUCGAAUCUAUUCCUUAUAAUGAGGGUCAGAUGGAAGCUUUGGAGAAGGACCGCGGAGCCGAACUUGAAGUUGUACAAAGGCUGGAAGAUAAAGUGCGUGGGUUAUCAGCUCAAUUAGCAAAUGUUCAGUUUACAUACCGCGAUCCUGAGAGGAACUUUGACCGUUCUAAGGUGAAAGGUGUGGUCGCAAAACUAAUAAAAGUAAAAGAUAGGUCAUCAAUGACAGCGUUGGAGGUUACUGCUGGUGGGAAGUUGUAUAAUGUUGUUGUUGACUCAGAAGAUACUGGAAAGCAGCUCCUUCAGAACGGUGCUCUUAGGAGAAGAGUUACAAUUAUACCUCUGAACAAAAUCCAAUCCUACGUUGUUCAGCCUAGAGUGCAGCAAGCGACUGCUAGAUUGGUAGGAAAAGAUAAUGCUGAACUGGCACUUUCCUUAGUCGGUUACAGCGAUGAACUAAAGAAUGCCAUGGAGUAUGUUUUUGGCUCCACUUUUGUUUGCAAAACUACUGAUGCAGCCAAGGAAGUUGCUUUCAAUCGGGAUAUUCGGACUCCAAGUGUCACACUUGAAGGUGAUAUUUUCCAACCAAGUGGUCUUCUUACUGGUGGGAGUCGCAAGGGUGGAGGUGAUCUCCUCAGGCAACUUCAUGACCUGGCAGAAGCUGAAUCAAAAUUACAAGGACACCAGAAAAGGUUGGCUGACAUUGAAGCGCAGAUCAGAGAGCUUCAGCCUCUUCAAAAGAAAUUCACAGAUGUUAAUGCACAGUUGGAGCUAAAAACGUAUGACUUGUCCUUAUUUUUGAAGAGGGCUGAACAGAAUGAGCACCACAAGCUUGGUGAAGCAGUAAAAAAACUUGAAGAAGAGCUUGAAGAAGCGAGAUCCCAAAUCAAAGAGAAGGAACUUGCUUACAAAAAUUGUGUGGAUACUGUUUCCAAACUAGAGAAUUCCAUUAAAGACCAUGACAAAAACAGAGAGGGAAGACUCAAGGACUUGGAAAAAACUAUUAAGACCAUCAAAUCUCAGAUGCAGGCAGCUUCCAAAGAUUUAAAGAGUCAUGAAAAUGAAAAAGAGAAGCUUGUGAUGGAGGAAGAAGCAAUGGUGCAAGAACUGCAGGUUGAUGCCUUACAGAAGAUUCAUGAUGAGUCUCUUGCUGAGCUCAAGUUGAUACAUGCAAAGAUGAAGGAAUGUGAUACACAGAUAAGUGGUCUGGUUACUGACCAGGAAAAGUUUCUGCAGAAGCUUAGUGAGAUGAAGCUUGAGAGAAAGAAAUUGGAAAAUGAGGUCGUAAGGAUGGAAACAGAUCACAAGGAUUGUUCCGCGAAGGUAGACAAACUUGUUGAAAAGCAUACAUGGAUAGCAUCUGAAAAGCAACUUUUUGGAAAAGGAGGGACAGAUUAUGAUUUUGAAUCUUGUGAUCCGUAUGUAGCCAGAGAAAAACUUGAAAAACUUCAGGCAGAUCAAUCAGGCUUGGAAAAAAGAGUGAACAAGAAGGUUAUGGCUAUGUUUGAGAAAGCAGAAGAUGAAUACAAUGCUCUGAUAUCGAAGAAAAAUACUAUCGAGAAUGACAAAUCAAAAAUCACAAAAGUGAUUGAGGAGCUUGAUGAGAAGAAAAAAGAAACCCUGAAAGUUACGUGGGUUAAAGUUAACCAGGAUUUUGGAUCUAUCUUUUCAACUCUACUACCUGGCACCAUGGCAAAACUAGAACCUCCUGAAAGCGGCAAUUUCCUUGAUGGUCUUGAGGCGCGUGUUGCCUUUGGAAAAGUUUGGAAGCAGUCUUUAUCAGAACUCAGUGGAGGGCAAAGAUCACUUCUUGCGCUAUCACUAAUAUUGGCAUUGCUUCUCUUCAAACCAGCUCCUCUUUAUAUAUUAGAUGAGGUUGAUGCAGCUCUUGAUCUCAGUCACACACAGAACAUAGGAAGAAUGAUAAAAGCUCAUUUCCCUCACUCGCAGUUUAUCGUGGUCUCGCUGAAAGAAGGAAUGUUCAACAACGCCAACGUUCUUUUCCGAACAAAGUUCGUUGAUGGAGUUUCAACAGUCCAAAGGACAGUAACAAAGCAGACCAAGUGAUACGUCUUAUACGUCAUUAAUUAAGAUCAAGAAUGUAUUCCAAACACUAUUCAUCACUAUGCAGAUUUUGCAAUCCCAUUUAGAAUUUUACAGCUUAAUGUUUUACUUUGUAUGUCUAUAUUUUUAAGCUAAAAAACUUACCUGGGAGCAA